CUGAUGCUGGAUGAUACUCCGUGGAUACGAUUGGUAGAAAGGCUCGCUGCUCGUGUAGUUCACCUCGUCUAGUUGACCAGGUUUAGUAUAGCUGAAAAUGCACGGGCGUGCGAAUAAAAGAGAAUGCUGCAUGUGAGGCGCUUACUGCCACUCCCACCCUAUUCACGAUAUCCACACACAAGCGUAGACCUGGCUAUCGCGGCCACCCGACCUAUCACAUCACUAUUUUUUGGAUGACUUGAGCUGUCCCAGAGCCUCAGUCCAAGGGCCGCGGAGAAAGACUCGAAUCUUGUCAGGGAACCUCGCUGUCUGCACCCCUCCCGAAGCGGCUUGUCACUAGGGCCUGUUAGCCUACUGUCGGACAGACCGACCACGUCUUUCAGCGGUUGCGAUGAAAUAGAAUCUUUUCCGCUUCUCAUCUCUCCACUGCACCACCAUGGAUUCUCUUGACUCCCUCCGCCAUCUCAUACAACAUCACCCCCUGAUCGACAAUCAUGCCCACAAUCUGCUGAGCUGCGACGUGGCUGCCGACUACGAUAGCUACCCGCUUGAGUCGAUCACCUCCGAGGCCCACGGUCGCGCGUUGGAAAAUGCUCGUACCGCCCUGCCCCUAGUACGCGCCGUGAAUCAGCUGGGGGAGCUCUAUGGCACUCCCUGCGCAAACUGGGAUGACGUGCUCGCGGCGCACACGCGCUGGGUGCAGGAAGACUACGAGGGGCUGGUUCGCCGCAGUCUUGAAGGCACGCACACCCUGCUGUUAGAUGACCUACUGUCGGACGAGGAUGUCGAGUUAUACGACUGGCAUGACCAGUUCACAUCCUCGCCGACAAAACGUAUCGUUCGCAUUGAGGCUGUCGCCGCCUCCCUGUUGCGCGAUAUCAUGGGUGAAGAGCGCAAACCCGGCGACAGCGUAUGGACCACAUUCCGCGCCAAGUUCAUUGACGCGCUUGAGCGCGCCAUGGACGACCCCGCCGUCGUUGGCUUCAAAUCUGUGAUCUGCUAUCGCACUGGGCUGGACGUUGAUCCGUAUUCGCCGGAUGAGGAUCUGCUAACUGCCUCGCUUCAUCGUACCCUUGAUUCGGGGACGAGGAAAUCCGGCUACCGAGUCCAGGAAAAGCCACUAAAUGAUUGGCUAGUUCAGCAGACUCUCAAGCUUAUCACGUUUCGGAAGAGAGCUGGCGUGGUCAAGCCGCUCCAGUUUCACACUGGACUUGGUGACAAUGACAUCAAUCUUGUCAAAGCUAACCCGGCUUACCUGCAGCCUCUCAUCAUUCAGUAUCCCGAUGCGCCAAUUGUUCUACUGCACUCAUCGUAUCCGUAUACAAGGGAUGCGGGGUAUCUUGCGUGUGUGUAUCCCAAUAUCUACCUUGAUCUUGGUGAAGUGUUUCCGAUGGUGAGCCGGGAGGCUGAGGAGAAGAUUUUGCGCGAGAGUUUAGAGAUCACGCCAGUCAAUCGUCUGCUCUGGAGUACGGACGGUCACGUACAUCCAGAAACCUUUUGGUUGGCUAACAAGCAGUUCCGGCAGACUCUGGAGACUGUUCUUGUUGACUAUGUCCAACAUGGAGACUACAAUAUCUCUCAGGCAAAGGCAGCCGCCGCCGACAUCCUGUUUCAUAAUUCGAAUAAGCUUUACGGGUUGAAACAGACAGCACAGUAUACAAACGGCAUUCGACUUUCCCAAACGUCCGAUCCGUUAGACGCAUUUCUGCAGACGAAUCCAGACGUUGAGUACAUCUGGAUGCAAUGGAUCGAUUAUACAGCAACUACCCGAGUCCGAAUAUUCCCUGAGCAGGAAUUUAUUCGUAUUGCUAGAAAAGAACGGCGCAUUGGUAUCUCGCUAGCAGUACAGUGGAUGCUGCAAGAUGACACAGUUACCCCCGAAGGCUCCACUACUGGUCAGAUCUACUUGAAAACAGACCUGUCCAGCCUCUACCUCAAUGGAGCCAUGGCAGCACCAGCCGCUCCGAGCGCAACUGUUAUGACUUUCUGGGAGUCAGAAGAGGGCAUUCCUCUCGGCGGCUGUCCUCGUACUACUCUUCAAAACAUUGUCGAGAAGCUGCACACCAAGCACGAUCUCGACAUCCUCUGCGGUUUUGAGAUCGAAGUCGUAUUUCUCAAGCCUCUCACAAGCCAACAUACGGGCGAAUUUAUAGGCUAUGCACCUGCGACGAGAAACCACUCCUGGUCGCAGAUGACCGCGGACACGCGGAAAAUGGUCCCGCUCUUGGAGGAGAUCAAUCGGACGCUGACGUCGAUGGGUAUUCACCUCCAACAAUUCCACGCCGAGUCUGCGUCCGGACAAUUCGAAUUCAUUCUUCCCCCUGCUAAACCCCUUCCUGCUAUCGAUACCCUCAUCGCCGCCCGGCAGGUUAUCACAGCCGUGGCUGAGCGACACGGCCUUCGGGCAACUCUUCACCCACGUCCCUUCGCAGACGGAGCUGGGAGUGCUGCGCACGCUCAUAUUUCUAUAACUCCCCCCACUCGUGAGGAUGCCUUCCUUGCGGGCAUUCUGAAGCACUAUACGUCUAUUAUGGCCUUCACGAUGUCUCAGGAAUCAAGUUACGAGCGCGUACGGUCUGGUAUCUGGUCUGGAUCAGAGUGGGUUGCGUGGGGAUUCCAGAACCGCGAGGCGCCCGUGCGGAAGAUUGGCCCAGGCCACUGGGAAUUCAAGUCUAUCGACGGUCUUGCUAAUCCGUAUCUGGCAGUGGCUGCGCUGCUUGGGGGUGGUUUGAUUGGACUGGAAAAGAAUUUGCCCCUGACUGUGAAGGAAUGCACCGUGGAUGCUUCGCAUCUGACUCAUGCUGAGCGAACUGCGCUUGGUAUCACGACCCCUCUGCCCCAAUCUCUGGACCAGAGUAUGGCUGCUCUUUCGAACAAUCAGGAGCUUCAAAGUGUCCUAGGUCGGGAGAUUGUUCAGAAUUACCUCAGUGUCAAGCGCGCUGAAUCAGAACGCUUGCAGAAAAUGGCUGACGAGGAACGUCGAUUAUGGUUGCUGGAGCGCUAUUAGACUUUGGGAAUAGUGGUUACAUUAUACUCCUUCUACGGUACUCACUAAAUUGAGUAUUAUUACCACCUUCUAGGUAGGAGGGUAGUCAUCAGUCCACACAAAUAUCAAUUUCGAUGUCUUUGAGUAGCCCUUAGAAAUCGAGAAAUCGCCUAAUAUCUAGC